AUGCAGCCGCCUGCUGUUGCAACGCAUCCCGUCGGUGCUGCAGCGCUUCCCAUAAUUCUUCGGAAGGAUGACAAUCUUGUUCUUGCCACUUUCUCUGAACAGCAGCGCAUACUGACGGAGGUGGAAAGCACACUUAUGACUGGCGACUAUCGUGAGUGUGAGGUGCAAUUUAAUCCUGUGAAGAGGACUGCCUUUGCCCAUGCUACGACGAUGCAUGUGCGCUACAGUGAGUUGGUGCCGACGCAAGAUGCAACUGCAUGGGGGCUGAGACUGCUUUUUGAAGUUGAGGAGCGGAACGUUGUGGCGUUGUCGUUCUCGACACUUGGUACAAUACUUGUGACGUACGCUAUGAUGGACAGCAAGCGGCCGGAGGGCAACAUGUCACUCUACGAUGUUUCUACGGGAAAUCUGCUUCGCCGCUGUGUGCAGGCCCGCUGGCCUGGCAUGGUGUGGUCAAGUGAGGAAUUGUAUUGCGUUCGUCCAGUGCAAGGAUUUCUCCACGUGAUGGAUGGUAACCUUCGCCGGGAGGAUGUGCCGGUGCUCGCAAAGAUGGAUCUUCAUCUGCCGCAAGACAAGGAGAUUGAGUUGUCAAUGUGCCCGGGCAAUAUCCCUCUACUUGCUCUUUUUAAACCCUUUCACAAACAAGUACAAGGCACGCUGUUUAUCUACCGACUCCCUAACCUCUUGGAGGGUGCGAUGUAUCAGGUGCCAUUUGGUCGUGCAGAGUCGGCAACAGUGCUUUGGAGUCGGUCUGGAAACCAUUUGGCACUGCAGGUCAAAUCUGAGAGUGACAAGAGCGGUAAGAGCUACUACGGCACUGUGAGAUUCUUUCUUGUAAAUGUGAUUGAUCGCAGUGUAAAAGAGAUUAAGUUCCCUAACGGGGAGUCCGUACAUGACUGUCAGUGGAGUCCAAGCACUGAUCAAGUCAUGGUGAUUCAUGGCACGAUGCCACGCAACAAGACGACACUAUACGACAAGGCCGGCGUGGCGCUUAUGACGUUUGACGAGGCGCCUCGAAACGUUAUUCUUUGGGCGCCGAAUGGCCGUUUUUGUGCGUUGGGUGGCACAGGGAAUCUUGCAGGGGAUUUUGUGUUCUAUGACCUGCACCCUGCAGAGGGAAACGAGGGGAUCAUGAAGGUUAAUCAUAACGACAAAAACAAGAUGACACCCACGACUUUGAAGCCUGCAGCAGCGGCGGCGAUAUCGGUGGGUGGGUUUAAUGAGAAGAGCAGCGUGCAGACGUGGGCCCCCGACUCGCACAACUUUCUCUGUGCUACUGUCUUCACCCGUCUACGUAUUGAUAACAAACUUGUUUUUUUCAAGAAAAAUGGCGAGCACCUGAUGACUCAGAAGUAUCCCUUUCUUUAUGGUGCUUACUGGGUGCAAACGCAGGACACAAACUUGUACCCUCAGCGUCCAGCUUCGCCGUGCAGGGAGACGAAUAGACCCGCCAAACCGCAACCGUACAGACCACCUCAUGCAAGUGCAGCAGCUGCAGCACUUUUGCGCCGGCCAGAUUCCUCUACACCCAAGCAAGGUAAACCCGCAGGUCCUCCUGGUGCUACAGUUGUAGUGCAGAAAAAGAAGAAACGGUGA